GCAGGCUGAAGCUUUUUCCUCUAAUUUGUGGUUUGCAAGAGACGAAGCUGCAGCGCGGAUUCAGAGGAGAUAUAUGGGAACAUGCGUGGUGCACGCUGACCAGAGGAAAUAUGUUGACACUGCCAUUCGAGGAAUCUCAUAUGAUGUGUGAGCCGCGGUUUGGUGCCAAUUAUCCCCGUGAAAGCUUACCUGAGAGCCUGGAGCAGGAGCGACAGCCCAACCCAGACAGGUCCAACUCAGACAUGAGGGAGGCCGAGGACGACAUCUCUGACAGAGAGGAGGAUGAAAGAGAGGACGACCAGGAUGAGGACGGGCUUCCUAAAAAGAGGGGCCCCCGAAAAAAGAAGCACGGAAAGGAGCCGAAUGACAGGUCCAAAUUACGGCGCCAGGAAGCCAACGCCCGAGAGCGCAGUCGGAUGCACGGUUUGAACGAUGCGCUGGAGAGCCUGCGCAAAGUUGUGCCGUGCUACUCAAAAACUCAAAAACUGUCCAAGAUUGAGACCCUUAGACUGGCUAAAAAUUACAUCUGGGCCCUGUCAGAGACUCUGAGCACUGGCAAGAGACCGGACCUCCUCGCCUUCGUACAGACUUUGUGCAAAGGAUUAUCUCAGCCCACAACCAACUUGGUGGCCGGUUGUUUGCAGCUGAACGCGAGAAAUUUCCUCACAGACCACAACGGGGAGGUCAUGUUCUCUGGCAGAUCGCCAUACGAUGCCAUGUACUCGUACCCAGGCUCAGACAUGAACACGCCCCCCGGCCACAGCGGGAGCAGCUUGGACAGCAGCGCCAAGCCGUUCAGACACUACAGCUACAGCAACGCGUAUGAGCCUUACUACGAGAACCCGUCCCCAGAGGGCGGGAGCCCACAUUUCGACGGCCAGCUGAGCCCCCCGAUGAACUUUAACGGGAUUUUCUCCCUAAAACACGACGAUCCCCCAGACUACGGCAAAAGCAGCCACUAUGGCAUGCGCUACUGCGGUGCGCCAGGGCGCACGGCUCUUGCGCACAACUCCAUGUACCGAGUCUCCCCAGAGGCCCGUUUUCCCUACGAGCUGCACGUCCGCAGGCAGUCCUUCCAAGCACAAGGGGAAGUUAAUGGCUCUUUCCACAAUUAGUCAAUCAGCUGGACACAGUUCAAGUUUCAGAAACGAUGCAAUUUCCCCCCGCAGAUGUCGAGAGUGGAGGGAAAUGACACGCUGAUGCACUGCGAAAAUGCCAAUUUCAACAAGUCAUUUUGUUUUAAAUGUUCAGUCUUGUUUUUCUUUGAAACAUGGUAAAAAUCAGCAAAUCAGAUAUGAUGAUUUCACUUUUUCUUAGUUCUUGAUCCAGUUAUUUUUUUGCCGAUAUAAGGCGGGAAAAGACACCACAAGGACGCUUUUGCUUCGGAAACAAAUAACUUCAUUAAUUUAAAGAAAAUCAAGAUUUAAUGGUUCACUUGUUUCCAGUGGAAAACCAAAAAUGUAGACUAAUCCGUUAAAGGUGCAGGCUUAGAUCAAAUUGUUUACACUAACACUGUAUCUGAUUGUCAUUGGCUGUUUUCUGCAGGUGUCGGUCAAGAUAUGGGUUAGACAAAGCGAUUAUAGUGGAUCAUUAAUUCAAUUUUUCUGGUUAAUUAAUUAGGUUCACAGCAGUCAGUAAAAUUAUUUUCUUGCCGAAAUAAAAUCAACUAAAUGAAACAACCGGGGAAAAAGAAUCAUAUAAAGACGUUUCACUUCAUCAGGGAAGUUUGCUGAGACACGAUUGGAGUCCAGAGAUUCAGUCUGUUAGCAAUAAAGGUCAAUUGAGCUAUGCAAGUCAGCCAAAUGCAAUCUUCACUUAUUAAAAAAAAAGAUAUAUUUCCUCUCACAGGGCGUUCCUCAUAAUAUAAUAUCUAAUUAAAAUGGUGACAAUUACACAAAAAGAAUUAUUUAAAAACAGUUUGGAGACUUGCAUGUGUUUAGGAGACCUGGUGAUGAUGUCAUCUGAAAUGGUCCUAUAAAUACAGGAAGUUGUGGGGAAAAAACGUAAAAACUAAAAUGCAUUUGUAUUUGAAGUAUACAGUGUGGUAACGAGGUGAAUGUAUAUUAAUUAUUGUAUUUAUUUAAGCUUAUUUAUGAUAAGUCCGUCAAUUUGAAUGUGAAUAAUAUAUUAUAAAACUAUUGUAAAAUUCAACAGUGUUACCUUAUGUUAUGUGAAUUUCCAUACAUUUAAAGUUUGUUUACGUUUGCAUUGUAUAUUUCACCGCAGCUGAAAGUCGAGGACUGGAAGGAAAAUCAGUUUGUGUGAAGUGAUCAAAUGUUUCAGAACUAAAUGAAUCAGAACAACAUGCCUUAAAAAAAAGAGAGACGAUGACCACCAAUAUGCAACGAAAUGAUAGUUUUGAAUAGUUUGAUUUGAACUUUUUACACUUCCUUGUUGCUGCUGAAGAGCAACUGUGAUGCAUUUCAUGUACUUCUGCACAAUGUUGGUGACUGUCUCAUAAAUUAUGUUGCUUUUGUAACUUUA